GAUUGAUCUAAUUGCAGAGAUGAUGAACUAUACUUCCAACUGCGAGGCUGAACCCGAGUCUUAUUCGAAGUCUCUACAAACAGAGAUGCCUAAAAAUCAUUUUCUCGAUAGCCUUCAGUGUGUUCUUCAGAAGGUUUACAUAGCUGAAGCAGUAUUGUUCAAGAAGUUGGAAUGUUCGUCAACAGUUUGUGAAGUUGAGCACAUCAGUCGUGGUUUGAAGCGACUGAAUGAAAUUGAAAGCAGAUUAAACCUAAGGAUUGCCCACUAUGUUAAUAUCCUCACCCCUAACGACUCCGAGGAGGAAUGAAUCACUUGGAUAUAUCGUAUGGUAUUCUAUGUACAGUAAAUCGAAUAUAUGGUUGUAUCUAUUUAAUAAUUGCAAUAAAUAUCAAAUCGUA